AUGCCAUUUGGGUAUGAUUCGGAUCGUGUCGCUGCUGAACUGCAACUGCAGAAGCGAGUGCGGCAAGCCGAGUUGGCCCUGGCGAAGGCUGAUCGUCCAUUGCCGCAGGAGCCCCGUGUGCCUUCAACACGUGAGGUCGUUGCCAGCCCACGCAGCCCUCACUUUGGCGUUCAGAUCCAAAGGGCCAAUCCCCUUGGACACCUGGACGACAUGACAGUCGAAGUUCCACCUGUUCCUGCAGGUUUCAGCCGAGUACAGGGCUCUGGCAGUCCUGAAUUUCGUCAACGUGUGGAUGCCAUUCGUUGCCGCUUGCAGUCCCUGCCAGAAGCACAGGAAGCCUACGAAGACUUGAAGUCCCGGCUGCUUGAGGUCCAAAGCCAACAGCUUCAAGCGGCAGCCAAGGUGAAUCCCCAAGCAGAGGCAACGCCUCAGGUGGAACGCUCCGAGGAUACCGCAUCAAAGUGGGCGCUUGAAGCAGAGAAUGAGGAUUUGAUCCAGCGAUUAAGGCUCCUACGCUGGGCAGAGCGCCACGGCGCCACCGUCAGUGCCUCCUGGCGCGUGCUGCAGCCCGUCGCGGGCAACGGCGACCGUGGCGACCCGGGCGACCGCACCUGCCAUGCGACCGAGCGGUUGGAGGAAGGCCGUGUGCUGCUCCGCCUGCCUCGCGCCUUGGCGCUGGAAGUGCCACCAGACAGCGGUCCGCUGGGUGUAGAACCAGACUUCCUGGCUGCUUUGCGAUGUCAGGCACAUGAAACCUUGGUGCAAGGAGUGCCUGCCAGCAGUGCACUGAUGGUGGCGCUGCUUGUUUGUCGUGAGCGUCUGCAGAACGACUCGGCUUUUGCGGACUAUUUGGACUCCUUGCCCACCUCCUAUCCGACGAUGCCGCUGCUGGAUGAAAAGCCAUCCUGGGAUGCGGACAAUGCAGAAGUGGAGGAUGAACUGCAGGACUCUGCCUGGAUCUACGACGGCACCGCGGUGCGGCUGCUGGCGAGCUCCGGGCAAGGGCUGGCGGGCAGCGAAGGCCUUAAGGCCAUGCGGAGGGUCUCCGAUCGCCUGGGCGCCUCCUGGCCGAACGCCACCGAUGCCCAGCUGCGCUGGGCUGCGGCGUCGGUGCAGAGCCGGGCGCACGCGCGACGCGGAGGCGGUACCAUUCUGCUGCCGGUGGCAGAUUGCUUCAACCAUUCGCCCUCCAACGCCAAUUGCGAGGUGCUCCAACACGCUGAUGCCAUCGAAGUAGUGACGAGUUGCGAAAUUGAUCCAGGUGAAGAACUGCUUCUGUGCUACGGGAAAUUCUCAAACGCUGAGCUGCUGUUCAAUGCAGGGUUCACCUGUUGGCCCAACGAGCACGACUGCCUGAUGGUGUCUCCAACGGAACUCUUAGCCUCGGCCGAGGAGUGCUGGGAAGGUCUGAAGCCGGAGCUGCUUCGCCAGCGCUUGCAGCAGCGCUUGCGUCACCUCGAUGCUUCGCCAGCGCGGCUCACGGCAGCCAUGCCAUUGCUGGGGAGUGGCAUUCCCGCCAAGACCAUCACGUUGCUCAGCGGCCUCCUGAUUGAUGAGGAGCAGUGGAAGGAUCUGGUUGAGAAAGGAGGCGACGGUGAGCUCCACGACGCCUGGGUGGCCGACAGCGCUGAGGGCCACGCCUUGCGCUGCGCAGUGCUGGGCUGUUUGCUGCGGCUCCUGCGAGGAAAACACCUGCAACCUCGUUGCAUGAAGUUUCACGUGCUUCAGACCCGUGUCGUGGGGCUGCGCUUCAAGGCCACUUCUAUGGAAGAGGAUGCCGAGGCCUUGAAAAAGACAGACGCAGCGCUGUGCGCGUUGCCAUCUGGAGCCAAAGUUGCUCUGGUGCGUCGUCAGAACGCCCUGCGCGUCCGCCUGGGCGAGCGCCAAGUCCUACGGCGCCUGGAAGCUGCGCUGGAGUCGCGGAAGGCUUCCCUGGACGCCUCCAAGCGCCCGCGCCUGGAAAAGAAGAAAUGGGACAUCACUGGUGAAGCCGACGAGCAAAUCGAUGCGGACUUCCGGAACUUGGAGGAGAAGAUGCAGGAAGAGAUUAACGAUGUGGCACAGGAGGGGAUUCAGUUGGAGGAGCACUGGUUCCAAAAGGUGGAAGAAUUGCAGCAUGAGCUCACUGAGGCGAAGAUGGCACCGGAGAGUGAACAACUUCAGCAGACCAUGGCAGAGGAGCUGGAGGCAAGGCUGGCAGAGAUGAAGGGCCAGGACCAAAUGGACCAAAUGCAGCAGAGAGCUGAGGCCAGCCACGUUGCGAUGAGGUUCAAGACCUACAGAAUGAACUACGAGAAGAGAAGCAGAUAUCCAGGAGAUUUGCAACGGAAGAGGCCAGAGCACGUGAAGAAUAUCAACUUCAAGAAGAGCAAAAGGAACGUUUUAGACGGGCCCAAGAACAAGUACAAACCAAGGUUCAAGACCUACAGAAUGAACUACGAGAAGAGAAGCAGAUAUCCAGGAGAUUUGCAACGGAAGAGGCCAGAGCACGUGAAGAAUAUCAACUUCAAGAAGAGCAAAAGGAACGUUUUAGACGGGCCCAAGAACAAGUACAAACCAAGGUUCAAGACCUACAGAAUGAACUACGAGAAGAGAAGCAGAUAUCCAGGAGAUUUGCAACGGAAGAGGCCAGAGCACGUGAAGAAUAUCAACUUCAAGAAGAGCAAAAGGAACGUUUUAGACGGGCCCAAGAACAAGUACAAACCAAGGUUCAAGACCUACAGAAUGAACUACGAGAAGAGAAGCAGAUAUCCAGGAGAUUUGCAACGGAAGAGGCCAGAGCACGUGAAGAAUAUCAACUUCAAGAAGAGCAAAAGGAACGUUUUAGACGGGCCCAAGAACAAGUACAAACCAAGGUUCAAGACCUACAGAAUGAACUACGAGAAGAGAAGCAGAUAUCCAGGAGAUUUGCGACGGAAGAGGGGUCACGGAUGGUCAUCUGUCGAGGUUGAAGCAAAAAGAAAGACUGUGGCACGAGUGGCGGAAAUGCAAAGUGAGAAGCAGGAAUGUCUGCAGCAGAUCGCUGCUUUGCAGGGACUGCUGGAGGAUGAGAAGCAGGUUGGGAAGUUGUUGGUAUCCCAACGAAUGGUGGCCGCCAAGGUUCAGGCCACGGUGACCCAAGAGAUGGCCGAGAUGAGCGAACACGAGGAGUCUCAGGCGGAGCAGCUUCAGCAGCUCUUGCUGGCAGAGUCGACCUGGGCGGAGGAGCUGCUGGAUCUCCGCUGUGAUCUCGAGCUGAAAGCGGCCAGCGCCAGCCGCGGCACACCGCGACAUCCGAAGCCGCCGCGGGACCGGCGGCGGGACCGGGAGGCCACGGCGCCGGUGCCAAUGUCUGUGGCCAACGAGUUGGCACAGCUGGAGCUGGCGCUGGGUCUUUGGGAUGCACGGACCCGAUCUCUGCAUGAACGAGACAAGGAUGUGGAGCUGCUUCUGCAAGCACAACUGGCGCGGGCCGAGACCAAAGCCAUGCGUUUCAAAGGAGGCCAGGACUUCGCGGAGGAAAAGCUGCAGCAGCUGCGCUCGGAGCUGGACGCCUUGGGCUCCGCGCAGCUGCUGGCAGCGGCCGCAGAGGACCGCGCCGCACUGCUGGAGGAGGAGCUCCAUGCACAGGGUCAGAUUCAGGACUCACCUGCUCCAGCUAGUGAGUCUUCGUCGAUUCCGCCGUCCGAGAAGGAGACUCCGGUGGUCUCCCCUGAUGUGCAGCUCAGGCCCGCCGCGGAUACUUCCGCCUUGCGUUCCUGGCGGAAGAGCUGGGCGCCGGGAGCGUUUCAACUGGAGGAUUUGGAUCAGAAAGAGGCACCGGCGGUGAAACUUUCGCGAGCAACGCUGACACCGCAAUCAUCUCGCCGUGGCUGGCGCAUGUCGUGGAGCGGAGUAUGA